AGUAGUCGGCAGAUCCCUCAUGGCUCAACCGGUUGGCGUAUCGCUUGUCCUUGGGCUGCUGCUUCUGUUCUUUCUUCCCUUGCAGCGUAAUGCAGCUCCCUAUGAUCCUACCUGGGAGUCGCUGGAUUCCAGGCCUCUUCCCACCUGGUUUGAUGAAGUCAAGUUUGGGAUUUUCAUCCACUGGGGUUUAUUCUCUGUACCAAGCUUCGGCAGCGAAUGGUUUUGGUGGUAUUGGCAAAAAGAAAAGAGAGAAUCUUAUAUAAAAUUUAUGGAGACAAAUUACCCUCCUGGAUUCAGUUAUGGAGAUUUUGGGCCCUUGUUUACAGCAGAAUUUUUCGAUGCUGAUCAGUGGGCAGACAUUUUGAAAUCUUCAGGUGCCAAGUAUGUAGUCUUGACUUCAAAACACCAUGAAGGUUUUACCAUGUGGGGAUCUAAAUAUUCUUGGUCUUGGAAUGCUGUUGAUGUUGGACCAAAACGGGAUAUUGUGGCUGAAUUGGCAUCAUCCAUAAGAAACAGGACUGGGUUACGCUUUGGCCUGUAUCACUCACUAUUUGAGUGGUUUAAUCCUCUCUUUCUCAGUGACGCCUCCAGUGCAUUCAGAACCAAACAAUUUCCAAAUGCCAAGUCGCUCCCAGAGCUCUAUGAGAUUGUCAACCGGUACCAGCCAGAAAUUCUGUGGUCAGAUGGAGAUGGGUAUGCCCCAGACACUUAUUGGAACAGCACUGGAUUUCUAGCUUGGCUUUAUAAUGAAAGCCCAGUUCGGGAUACAGUCGUAACAAAUGAUCGCUGGGGAGCUGGCAGUAUCUGUAAACAUGGAGGCUAUUACACUUGUUCAGAUCGCUACAAUCCAGGACAUCUUUUGCCUCAUAAGUGGGAAAACUGCAUGACAAUUGACAAAAAGUCAUGGGGGUACAGGAGGAAUGCACGGCUGAGUGAUUAUCUCACAAUUGAAGAGCUUGUAAAGCAACUUGUAGAAACGGUGUCCUGUGGAGGAAAUUUCUUGAUGAACAUUGGGCCCACCCAUGACGGUCGUAUUCCUGUUAUUUUUGAAGAGCGCCUGAUGCAAAUGGGGAAAUGGCUAUCAGUGAAUGGGGAAGCCAUUUUCAGUACUAAACCUUGGAGAGCCCAGAAUGACAGUGUUACACCAGGAGUAUGGUACACAUUCAAACCAAAAGAAAAUGUUGUUUUUGCCAUUUUCCUUAACUGGCCAUCUUCUGGAAUUCUUAUGCUUGGGGAGCCAAAAGGUAUUGCUGAAAUGACAGAGGUACAAAUGAUUGGAUAUGGAGAACCACUGAAAUGGAUUCCUUUAGGAGAAAAAGGAAUGGUAGUAGCUAUACCUCCAUUACCAUUUAGUAAAUUGCCCUGUGAAUGGGGCUGGACACUGCAGCUGACCAAUGUAAAUUAAUCACAAGCAUCCCUUACUUUUCAGUUGCCAUCAUAACGCUUGUAUUGAUAAUCAGAUCUCCGUCAACAUGGUGUUAUUGGGUGUGUGUGUGUGUAGGUGGGUUUCUGCACACUGAUCCUGUUACUUAAGUUUUUCCAGAAAAAUUGGGCCCUAUCUGUAAGUGUCUGUGUUAGAAAAAGGGAAGGUCUAUACAGGUAGCACACUAAAUGCAGCAGAAAGAAAUCUGGGUUAUCUUAGAAGUUCAUAAAAGGUUUGACAUUUAAAAAGUCAAGGUUUUGGCUUUGAAAAGCUGUUAAGUUUGAACUAUUGAAAACCCUAGACAGAGACAGUCUGAAGUACAACUUUCUCCCUCUGGCUUCUUAAGCCUGGUACUUACCAUACUGACUUUAAGCAACAGCUUUUUUAAAAGCAAGCCUUCAUUUUGCUAACUGUAAAUUUAAAAGUAAAGACAUUAAUUCUGAUUAGUUUCAUUGUCAAUGGGGGCCAAACUAGACAUGAUAGUUUUCAUAGGUGGGAUCUGUGGUCAACCCAUCAUUUUAAAGAGAUUUAAAAAUGCUGCAAGGGAUCAAUCCUGAUCAGGCCUGCAGUGUAACAGGCUGAGGUGCUCUUUUCCCCACCCACCCCGCCUCCAUUUCCAAUUGCCAAAAUAACCAUGGUGGGAGGGGAACUGUGUCUUUUAAAAGGUGGCAGUGGCAUCUACACAUCAGACCUCUAGACACUAUCAUGUAUAGUUGGCCCUGAGUCAUGAAGAAUCCUAGAAGGGCAGCCGAAUAGCACAACUUGGAUCUUAGUCUUGAUUGACUGGAAACGGUCUGCAGCUAUACAUAACUGCCUAUUACAAAAGCAAUAGACUAUUAGGAUUGUACUUCUCUCUGUGGUUCAUGUAAGUCUGCACUUUUAGAGGGAUGUUUAUUGAUUUUUAAUUAACUUGAUAAAUGUAUCUAAAUGUUGGUGAUACACUUAAAACUGCCUGGAACACUUCUCUACAGCUGUUGUAUCUAUACAGUUCCAGGGAAGUUUUGUGAUAAAUCAGUGCUGGCAUCCAGCUAGAGUUGCCUUUGCUCUCUAUCCAAAUAGUUACAGCUGAGUGCUGAUGACACAACAGAAUAAAAUCUAAUUCAGGAAUAGGCUUGGAAUUAGGUUAUACUUUCUUGUUAUGGAAUACUAUUUAGCAGCAGCAAGAAGACUAAAAUGCACUGACUGUUUCCUGUUACAAAUUGAACGUAUUUAAUUUUCUUUUCAUUGAAAUGAGUUUAAAAUUGAAUGCAAAACUGGUUAUUUCCCACUAUCAAAGUUGUAUGAGCAACACUGAUAGAUAUAUGGACAUUCUCUUGUAUUUAGACAAUUACUGCACACAAUCUUUAUUAAAAUACUUUACUGUGAUACAGGCAUUUUGUAGGGUUUCUACUAAUACAAAUUAAAAAUAUUUACAAAUGAAUGUAUACAGCAGUAGCUAUUUACCAGCAGUGUAAACAGUAUUUUCUAAAACCCAACUAUUCCAAGUCUGAAACAUUAGAGCAAGAACUCAGCAUGGUGUUCCUUAGAGCAUAGUAGUUGAACAUAUGCUGUCAUAUCUAAUCUCCAAGCUAGAAAACCUUCAUGUGUCGAAACUGUAGCCCCACUGCUGUGUUUGCAUUCUUAGAUCGAUUACACUGGAGAUAAAGUAGUCUCCUUGUAGCCCCUCUAGCAGAGAUCAUUGCAGGAGGAGGGAAAGAGACACAGGAAAGUGUGGCCUUGUUUAACAUCUGUUUGAUGUUAAGAGAUGUUUCACCUAAAAGCCACUAAGAGAGAAAGUAUGCAAGGAGUUUGCUGGAUACAGUUACUUAUUCUCUCCCACUUCCGAAAUAUCCAGCUGUGUCCUCUGCCUCAGCAAAUCCAUGAAAACUGUUUCUCCAACCUGAAUGAUCUCACUGAGUGAUGAUAGGUCUGAAAAAAUUCUUCUCCCAAUCCCGUUCUACUAAGUAAGACAGCAAGGUCUGGCUUCUAUUUUUGUUGCAGUCUGCACAAUUUUAAGUACAAAGGUACAUCUUUCAGGAUAUAUGACUGCACUGAGGUUUUUUUGUAAACAAGUUGUUCAUAACUAAGAUUGCCUCUUAAUUAUGCCUCUUAGGCUAUUACAGCACAAUGAUUUUUUUCUCUCCACUACUUUAAAUCAGGUUUUGAAAUCUGUUCCAAUAUAAAAACUACAAGUUGUAUUUCUGUACAUUG